GGACACACAUCUGUGCAGUGAUAAUGGGGAGAGAGAGACAAGCUGAGCAGUGCAGCACUAGUACUUCCCCCCGGUAGCCCACUCGUCAACAGUGCUGAUAUCCUGUGCAGCUUUAGAAUAAAGGUCCUGCACUGGCAGACGCUCAGCUAACCUCUCCUCUACUGUAUGUGUGCUCUGUGAUUGUGAGUACAGUGCAGUGUGUCGAAGGGACGGAAAGAUCUGAGGCUGUUUGAGGUAACAGAGAUGACAUGAGGGAGGCAGCGCCUGUACACGGCAAACAUAAACUGUGCCACUUCAUCUGAAAACAAUGGGGGACAGGACACUGAGUGUGCUCUCAUCCACAUCUCCAUUGUCUGCCUUCCUCUUUUACUCCUCCUCCGAGCAUGGAGCAUAAGCGGGGUGAAAGAGGGAGGGGAGUGGAGGAGAAGGGGGAGCAGCAGUGGGGGCAGUGGGGGUCUGGCUGUGUUCUUUCUCCUCUGUCUGUGUGCGAAUGCACAGACGGUUCAGUAGUAAUUUGAUGUGUGUCCCCGGGGACAUUUGAUGGAUUAAAGCUAAGCAGCUCCAUUUCGCAGCACCACCUGAUCUUCCACUGCCUGUGCCCCAUAUAAAGGCUGGCGUGAUUGCUGAUCUCAGCUAGUCUGACAGUCUCUCUCUCUCCCUCCUCUCUCUGUCUGUCUCCAUCUCUUCUCUUCCUCACUGGUCCCUUAAGCCUGCUGCAUCACAGGAGCUAUCCAGUGCUGAACAGGAUCGCUUUUAUUUUUUAUUUUUUUAUUUUUCUUGGGGGAAGCUGGGGGAGCCAGAGAGUAUCACACAGCAUUGCCGUCAGCCUUGUUCUCCACUGAUUUCCAUUUUCUUUCUUAUCUUAUGUUUUUGGCCGUUGUCUUCACAUUAACCGCAAGGAUUACCGUCAAACCAGCUCUGCUCGCGUGCUUCCUCAGAGGGUCUUUUUAUUUUCUCUCAUGCGUUUUUCUCAGCUCUGUGUUUUUAUCCAUUGAAACAUGCCCCGCUCAUUUUUGGUGAAGAAGAUCAAGCUUGAUGAUUUCUCUUCGUCCAAUGUGGCCACAUCCAAUCAUCAUCACCACCUGGACGACUCGUUCACUUUUGCACGCUCCAUCACAGACUCGGUGACCAGCCUUGGGGUUCGUCUCAGUGAGAAUGGCUACAUCCAGGAUUACAUCACGCCAUCUGUAUACCAGGGGGAGAAGAAGAUGGAGCACAAGCUGGCUUCGCCGGUGUCAGACCCCCUGUACACCCAGGUGAGCAGCGGAGGGGAGUACUGUGACCCCGACCUGAAGCACCCCGACAGCCCCCAGUCUGGCAUGACAGCCAGCGGCUUCUACAGUGGUGAAUCGGAGGCCCUGGCCGAGGGUUACACCAUGGAUGCCUUCUUCAUCUCUGACGGGCGCUCGAGGCGAAAGGGAGACACCGAGAGUCGCGGAGGGGGCUCAAGGAGCAGCAGUGCGAACGCUGGGGCUCAGGAGAGGGGAUCCGGCACGCCUCGCCACACCUGCAACGAGUGCGGCAAGACGUACGCCACCUCCUCCAACCUCAGCAGACACAAGCAGACGCACCGCAGCCUGGACAGCAAGAUGGCCCGCAAGUGUCCCACCUGUGCUAAAGUGUACGUGUCCAUGCCGGCGUUGGCCAUGCACAUCCUCACCCACGACCUCAAGCACAAGUGCGAUGUGUGCAGCAAGGCUUUCAGUCGGCCGUGGCUCCUUCAAGGUCACAUGCGCUCGCACACGGGGGAGAAGCCCUUUGCCUGCGCCCACUGUGGCAAAGCCUUUGCUGACCGCUCAAACCUCCGCGCCCACAUGCAAACACACUCUGCCUUCAAGCACUACAGAUGCAAGCGCUGCAAUAAGACCUUCGCUCUCAAGUCCUACCUGAACAAGCACUAUGAGUCAGCUUGCUUCAAGGGCUCUGCAGACGAAGACGACUCUGGAUCAGAAAACUAACCACAAGGAAGAAGCAAAAUUCUGAACCCCUGUUGUAGGUUCGCCACCAAUAACCCUGUUCACUCUGCCCUCCAUGCCUUUUUUCUUCCCUUUUUUUAGAAAGCAAUAUUUUCACUGAGAUUACGUGAAGAAACUCUAAUGAUUAUGGCAAAGACAAUUUCAAAAGAUGCUGGAUUUUUUCCCUGCACAGUAGCUAAUCGUCCACAGAAACAUACAAUCAAACAACCUUCCCCCAAAUAGAGACUGUAGAUGAUAGUUGUACACAAUUAAGCAACAUGUGCUCGCAUGGAUGUGGGCACAUGUAAACACACACAUUCACACAGACAUGUAUGCACACACACACACACACACACACACACACACAGAAACACACAUUCAUGUACGCACGUGUGCACACACACACACAGACACACACACACACUUACACAAUUAUAUAUGAGGCCUGGCAUGUGAAUUUUUAUCAAUGACUAUAAUGAUAUUGAUAUCAAUAGUAAUAAUAUUUAGAUUCCUGAUAUUUUAUAGCAAAUAGUAAAGAGAAAAUGAAAAAAAACAAACAUAAAAAAGGACUAACAGUGUUCUUUUGUUUUUUAGAGACAAAAUGACCUCUUGUAUUUUUAUGCUGCUUUUUAUUUGCUAAGAAUUGAAUUCUUUUGCAACUGCCAACAUGAACUUUUUAUGAAAAUGUGAACUAUGACAGUAUUUGCAAAAAAAGGGAGAUCAUUUUAAAAGGUAAAAAGACAAACCCCCUUUUUCCACACCAAUGUUUCAAUUCAACGGAUGUUAUUUUUGUAUUUGAUUUUUCUAAAUUUAUUUUUUUGUGCUUAUUAUCCCUUGUCGAUCAAAAGCAUCUUUGUAACUGUGGGUAUUCAAAAAACAAAAACAAAAAAAAACAAAAAAAAGCUCAUUUAAAUAAGCUAUACAAGAUCAUAGGCCAUAGGUCAUUCAGUUUAAUCCUCCAAGUGAUUUUAAAAAUGUUGAACAGGCCUGUUGAACAGGUUAUCACACACUACGUCUGAUCAAAUUCAUAUAGUCUCGCCCUGAUGUACAAACAGACUCGGACAAAAACACUAAGAGCCAGACCAAAUGAUCUGUUGUUAUAAGUGCCAUGUGCAGUUGACUUGUCUAUAGCAAUGAAAACUCGUUGUUCUUCCUCCACCAUGGUGGCUUGCAUAAACUCUGCUGCCUUUAUGGUGCAUCGUCCAGUCUUAACAAGCAAUUCCCCCCCCCCCCCCAGUGUUUGAGGUGCUCCCCCACCCACCGCCAGUGUUACCUCAGAGUGACGGUAUGGACUCACACACCCUCAGUUACAAAGUGACAGUCAAAUUAUUCCGUUUGUCUGUUUUAUAUGUCGCUCAAAGCUCCGCCCACGGUUUAAGAUGCAUACCAUCUAUUUAUCAUGUAAAUACUUUAUUUAUCUUCCUAUUUAUCUAUUUAUUUAAUUAUUUAUUUACCUUAUUUUUUGUGUAUUUAUUGAAAACUUGCUUAUUUGUUAAUGAUCAUGUAUUUAUUUAUUGGUUUAUAAUUUAAAAAAUGAACAUCCAUUGACCUUGUAAGAUGCUGCUGAUCUUCAAAGAAAAAUGUUUAUAUGCAUGAAAACUGUAGAGAGUCCAUGGGACUUAGUUUUUUAAAGAGGAACAAUGUACAGUACCAGUGCUAGAAGACUUCAAACAAAUGAAUGCAGAAUUACUUUUUGUUUUUCGUGGCAAUAACUUUACUGACACAGCAACUGACAUGUAUAACAAUCACAGCUGUCCUGUUUUCAGUCAAUUUAGGGCAAUAAAAAGAAACAAUGACAAAUGAAAGACUAAAAUAUUCUCCAUCUUGCUGUUUCCCCCAAAAGUCCCCUGCCUCCUGAUGACAGGAGGUGUUUGGCCCCCCCCUUUUUUUUUUUUGUCUUUAAAUCUCAGGCAAUAUAUAAUUCCCAGAAAUGGCGUACGUUGAUGUGCAUGUAGAAGUCGCCCUGAAAAUGUAACAGUAUCCAUUUGUUAAAAUUAGAGAGCAGAAUAAUGUAGGUGUAAAUCCAGCUACACCAAGGUUGAAAAAUGUGUAAAAGCAAUAACGAUAGUGAUGCAGUAACUAUGAGCAACACUCAAUCCUGUAUUGAGCGGUUCCCAAACUGCUACAAGUGUUAAUUAGACUGGAACAAAGCUGCUGAUCCUUUAUAUAUAUAUUUUAUAUUAUUAUUUUAACCGUCUCUUUUGUUUUAAAGAGCAACCAGGUAAAAUAAAAUCUCUUCUGGCAGCUGAAGGGCAGGCGUGAUUUGACUGAACUGUUAGAAGGUCACAUAUUAUACAACAGGAUUACAAUAAUUCUCAUUUAGGUCACUGACAUAAUGAAGUAUUUAAAUAGAGUUAAAUUUAAAGUCAUCCACAGUUUUCAGCACCGUUUAAAACAGCUAAAGCGGAUCUCUGAGGUGUGAGAGGAGAGAAUCCUGCUGAGAUAACAUAUGGAUGGCUAUAUACAUUUCUAACCAGCACUAAUGGAAAUGAUCUUGAUGCGAACUGUCUCGGCAGAGAAAGUUUUCCAGAGAUUGUUUGAAAUAGAACUGAAACGCUGUAAUGCGCUUCUAACUCCCCCAUCAUUUGUCCCUGCCUGGCAUCCCUCCCCCCUCCCCACCAGCCGUCCUCAUCCCGUCCCCAACUGCCUCUAAACAGACGCACCGAGGAUGAGAUGUGCUGAAGUGGGAUUGGCGGAGGGUGGCGGAGUGUGGGAGGAUAACAGGUGUUUGCAGACAGACUGCAGAUAGGGAGCGUAAUUGAGUCGGUGAGCGACCUCCAAGGGGAAGGUCAAGCACCAGCAGGCAAAUGCACUGUCAGCUAUUUGCAUAUUCCAAAUGGAUGACACGAUCGCAGUAAUGCUGAGCUCGCCCCCCCAAAAAAAAAAAUGUUUUAAAAAAAACACACACAUAUACAAAACUGAGGAGAAAAAAGACAGAAAAGAGGCGUCUCUGCUGUGAUUUUCUCUUCUCUCCUCCAUGCUCCACCAUCAUCCUGUCAAUGGUCGUCUAAGUGCUACAGCUGAAUCACUGCAUGAGAGCAUCCAAACCACCUGUCUCCUGAUUAACUUGCAGAACACAGUGUUUGGCACGUUGCUGUAUUAUUGAACUAAUGCAGAAAUCAUUACUUCCAAUAGAUUCUUUUUUAGAUGUUUUAUAUUUUCCUGUUGGACAGAGAUAUAAUGUACCUCCAGAACCUGGGGACUGUGUUUUAAUAAGGAAGAUAAAAGUAGUGAGAUCAUUAAAAACAAUUUGGAAUUGGAAAUGUGCUGCAGGCUUGUUGUCUAUGAAACUGGCAGCGAUACAGAUACAGAUCGUCCUCAGAGAAAAUCCUCUUUACAAAAUAAAAAAAAAAAAAGGAGGCACAAUUUGAUUCUAAACUUCUGAAUUUAGAUGUAGGGAAACAUUGUUCCUCUUUGAUAAUUUUGUAAAUAUAUUUGUAAAUAUAUCACAGCAAUAAUAUGACAAUGCAUGUAGACAUUUAAUUGCUCUUUUUCUAUUCAUGUUGUCUUUUUUUUUUUAUUAAAAAGGAAAAAAAAGACAAAUACAGGUACCAAUUGCAGUCGUCUGGGUGGCCAUUUGAAUCAGGGAGUGUCUUGAUUAAAAAGCUAUCUGUUGUAAGUUACAAACAAAAACUUCAAACUCUGUGUAUUCUCAAAGAUUUGAUCAUGUUCUGUAUGAUUUCUCUGUUCUUGUUUUCUUUUUAUUUAUGUGCCCGGCUUGGCUGCGCAAUGAAAAAGUGCCAAAAAGUAUGAUUUCCAUGACAAAAGCCUUCAACAUAUGGUUGGCUGCUUGAAACCUUCCAUAUGGUCCUCAAAGAAAAAAAAAAAAAAAAAACUGAUUAAGAUUUUCCACUUUCUUUCUCACUCUCUCACUCUGUCUGUCUCUCUCUCUCUUUCUCUCUCUCUCUCUGUUCCAGCUGAGUAUGAAGAAACUUAAGCCAUGAUUGCUGAGGGGUGUUUCGAUUUAUCUUGUUCUGCUACAAUUAAUAAUGAUGACAACAAUAGCAAUGAUAACGUUAAUAAAAACAAUAGCACAAGGAA